ACGGUUCAGGGUCAUCGCCGUCAUUGGCUGAGCACCUGAGCGAGGCAUGAAAUAACACAAAUGUCAAUUAUAAAGCAAACAUAAUGCAUACUAAUUGCAAGCGAAGGUCAAUUGAACAGCUUUAGUACCUAAGGGGUUGUCCAUCAGGCUGCCAAAAAUAUAAAUAUUUGUAUAACGUCUAUUUCAUCAGAAGAUUGUGAAUCAUGGUAUAUUCAAAGAUAAGAUUGUCUACAAGUGGCAUUUGUGAUGCAGUAUUGCAGUUACUUUCCUGUUAUUAGUUCUAUUGAGUUCCUCUUUGAACUUUUGGCCUAGUUCUUUUUUCUAUUCCUUUUUAUAACGUUCCCAUAAGUUGCAAGUACGCCCAAUCAUUUUCAAUUGGCAUUUCGUUUAAGUUUGCCACAAAUAACUUCAAUUGACCAACGAUCGUUUGUUGCACGCACUUCCUGGUGCAGUCGCAAUCGCGUCGCCUAUUAGAAUUCAAUAGACGUUUCGAGGCGUGACCUACGCCAUUUUUGGACUAGGCGCUGGAGUAUUUAUGGGAAAUAUGCUACGUGCUCUUUUGCACAAAUUUUGCAUUAGGAUACGAAUGCACCGAACAAAGCAAACGCAACGCUUGCAAUCGCUGUCAGAGUCCAAUCGAGAGACCGAAACGUGACAGUUUUACCACUUGUUGGACUGCAAAUAAGAUGAAAUAGCUGUCAAUUCAAUCAAAAUUAUAAAAUGUUUGUAUGAACCCAUGGGAUUCUUCAUUAUGAACAACAUGCAUCAAAUCUGGACGAAAAAUCCCAGACAGUUCACAAUGGAACUUCAAAUUUUUCCUUACGAGCCGAAUCGAGACACGAACCAUCAACUGUUCUUUAAACAGUUACCAGUCCGAAGCCAACUUCAACUAAAGUAAACAAUAAAUAACACUGCCAUAUUGCAACACAGAAGUAACUGACUAAAAACAAAGCGAUUAACAACCAAAACUACCUCGUUGCUGGCCAGGCACAACAAACAAGCGCACACCUACACACACACACACACAACGAAACUGAUUGCUGUUUGGCCAAGAAGAAAGCGAAGGCUGCGCCGCAAUUGAAAGUUAAAGCAUUGCCCAUGUAGCUGCCCCAACUCUAGUAAAAUGGAACAACAAAUAUCCAAGGAGCACUAAGAACAAGCAGACGGAGCAGCAGCAGCAGAAGAAGAAGCAGCACAAGGAGAGCAAAACAGAAGCAGCAGCAGACGCAACAGCCAGCGGGCAGACAUUACGUAUACGCAACGUGCAGCAUGAUGAAGAGCCAAAGCGAUGUUGAGGCGCCGCCAACAGCUGCAGCAGGAAAUGGUCAACAGAAGCCAACGAAUGGCCACAGCAAUGGAAAUGGGAAUGGCAAUGGCAAUGGCUAUCAUCAGAAUGGAGGCGGUAGGCGUGACUCGACGCAGGCGUUCACGCCGCUGCUGGCGCAGCACAAUAGCACGAUUGUUGAAGCGGCAACGCCAGCCGCCACGCCCACUACAAUGCUAUACGAGAGCACGCCGAGCAACAACAACGAGUGGAAGGCAUCGGAGGACAUUAACAAUUUGAAGAACGGGCUGCUAAGCAAUAACAACGGGAACGGGCACAACGGGCACAGUCUGCGCGAAAAGUAUGCGCACGAGCAAGCGCCGUUGACCGGCGGCUACAAGCUGCCCGGCGGCGGCGUAGUUGGAGGUGGCGGUGGUGGUGUUGGAGGUGCACGUGCACAUGGCAGCGAAUCGGAGGAAUCGGAUUUCGAUUCGGAUUUGAAUGGCGGCGGCGACGAGGGCUCCAAUUGCGGGCUUUUUGGCUGCCGGCCACGUUGGGCGCGUCGAUUUGCGUCGACGCACGUGUUCAUGGUGGUGUUCCUGCUGGCGUACAUUUUGCAGGGCAUGUACAUGACGUACUUUGUGUCUGUGAUCACCACCAUUGAGAAGCUCUUUCAGAUCAAGUCCAAGACGACGGGCUUUCUGUUAAGCGCCAGCGAGAUGGGCCAAAUCAGCACCGCGAUGCUGCUCACAUAUUUUGCCGGGCGUGGCCAUCGUCCCAGAUGGAUCGCCUGCGGCAUGGUGCUCUUCUCUAUUGCGGCCUUCGCCUGCGCCCUGCCGCACUUCAUCUUCGGCGAGCAGCUGAUGCAGUCCAGCGUUUUCCUCCAGCCGCAAUCGCCCGCCCCGUCAUCGUCCGCGUCCGCUUCGUCGCACAAUCUGUGGAGCAAUGCCACAGAUCCGAAUCUCUGCGUGCUUGGCGGCAACGGCACACUGGCAGGCAGCGAGUGCAACGAACAGCGCCAACUGGAGCAGGCCUCACACUCCAAGAUCACGGUCAUUGUGCUGUGCAUCUUUUUCGGCAGCCUGCUCAGCUCGGGCAUUGGCCAGACCGCGGUGGCCACCCUGGGCAUACCCUACAUCGACGACAAUGUGGGCAGCAAACAGUCGCCCAUGUACAUGGCGGUCACUAUUGGCAUGCGCAUCCUGGGCCCCGCUUCGGGCUUUAUUGUGGGCAGCUUCUGUACGCGCUGGUAUGUCAAUUUCGCCAAUCCCGGCUUUGAUGCUAGCGAUCCGCGCUGGAUUGGCGCCUGGUGGCUGGGACCCGUCGCCAUUGGCAGCCUUAUGCUGCUCGCCUCCAUUGCCAUGUUCUCGUUUCCCAAGCAGCUGCGCGGCAAGCAGCAGGCUCAGGCACAGGCAACAGGUGCUGUCGGAGCAUCCGCACCAGAGCUGGAGGAGAAGCCCAAGCUGAAGGAUUUCCCGAAGACCGUGCGCCGCCAGCUGAGCAACGAUAUACUCAUGUUCCGCACGGCGUCGUGCGUGUUUCAUUUGCUGCCCAUCGCCGGGCUGUACACGUUCCUGCCCAAAUAUCUGGAGACACAGUUCCGGCUGGCCACCUACGAUGCGAACAUGAUAGCCGCCUUUUGCGGCAUCCUGGUUAUGGGCAUUGGCAUUGUAAUCUCAGGUCUAUUCAUAUUGAAGCGCAAGCCAACAGCCAGGGGCGUCGCCGCCUGGAUAGCAUUUACCGCGCUCGUCUAUUCCGCCGGAAUGAUUAUACUCAUGUUCAUUGGCUGCAGCACCAACGACUUUGCCGGCUACAAGGCCGGCGAUGCCAACAGCCCGGCCAUGAUAGAGCCCGCCUGCAGCGCCGUGCUCAACUGUACCUGUGAUAAGGAGAAUUUUGCGCCCAUUUGCGGCACCGAUGGCAAAAUGUACAUCUCGGCCUGCCAUGCCGGCUGCAGCAGCUCCACGCUGCGCGCCAGCGACAAUCGCACACUCUACUCCGACUGUGCCUGCAUUCCACAUGUCGCCGAGGCAGUCAAUGGUUACUGUGAUAAUAACUGCAAGAACUUCAUCUACUUUAUACUGAUUUUUGCCAUUUGCGUAUUUAUGCAUUCCACCUCCGAGGUGGGCAGCAUGCUGCUCGUUAUGCGCUGCACACAUCCUAAAGAUAAAGCUAUGGCUAUGGGCGUCAUUCAGUCGGCCAUCGGCCUGUUUGGUAAUGUUCCUUGUCCAAUCAUCUAUGGUGCCGUGGUGGACUCGGCCUGUCUCAUCUGGAAGUCGGUUUGCGGCAAGCAUGGCGCCUGUUCGCUCUACGAUGCGGAUACCUUUAGGCAAUAUUUUCUGGGCAUUACGGCUGGCAUUAUGUUUCUGGCGUUUCUCAUGGAUCUGGUUGUCUGGCGGAAGGCGCAUCGCAUCGAUAUUGCGCCCGAUCAGCCGGAAGGUGCGGCGCAUGCGCCGGCCACGCGCUUGGAUCUGUCCGAGUCCAAGCAGCCCAUUGCGCCGCCUCCGGAUACGACGGUCUAAGCGCGACGAGAGAAAGCUAAUCCGCAGCAAAAGAAAACAAAAACAAAAACACACAUUGCAAGAUUUCCAAUAAAUGUUUACCUUAAUUGUUAA